AUGGAACCUAUCCGAAACGUUGCACUCUUGGGGAAAGGAUGGCUGGGAUCAACAGUCCUGGACCAGCUUGUGAAUACUGGCUUCCAAGUCACGGUGCUGAGUCGCACAGCUGGCUCAGUGGACGAACCCUCUGCUAGCGUCAAGACUGUGCAAGUCGAUUAUUCGUCUAUCGACAGUCUUGUAGCUGCUCUCAGGGGCCAGGAUGCUGUGGUGUCUACCGUCGGUACGCCCGGUAUUAGCGCACAGAAGACGGUCAUCGAUGCCAGCAUUCAGGCUGGCGUCCGACGCUUCAUCCCUUCCGAUUUUGGAGCGCUCACGACCAGGCCCGGAGCAGAGACCCUUCCACUGAACGCUUUAUGGAUAGAAAUCCAGAAAUAUCUUAAAGAAAAAGCGCUUAGUGGACAAAUCGAGUACACACUCUUUGCUGUUGGGCCCUUCUUGGAAUUUGUCAUGUCGAUGCCGUUUUUGACCGACCUGCAGACACAGACUGCCACAGUAUAUGACAAUGGUGUGCAUACUUUCAGCACAACUAGUGUGUCAAGUAUCGGAAAAGCUGUUGCUGGUGCUUUGAAGAAUGCUGCAGAGACCAAAAACCGAUUGGUUAGCGUUCACGACAUUGUUCUGACUCAAAACAAAGUUUUGGAUCUGGCAAAGAAGUACUCGGGACCUGAUGUUAAAUGGAUCGAGAGUCCAGUGGACGCAGCGGCUGAGCUUGAAGAAAUUCUCGAAAACACCAAGCAGGGUGACCUGGACCUCUUCAAAACACUUGCGCUGCUGAAAUCUGCGCUCUUGGGUGGCAAGUUUGAAGCCGAGUUCAAGAUUUUGGAUAAUGACCUUGUCGGAGUGAGUCUUCUUUCCGAUGAUGAGUUUGAGAAGAUCUUUGCCACAGCUUUUAAGCCAAGCCAGAUGGUUGCACAGGAGGACCUUCAGGCAAACAUUGAAGGGAUUCAAGGCGAAGCUUAG